AAUGCAAUCGAGCGUUGCGGAGAGACUCUGGCGACGCAGUUGGAGGAAAGUUGGACGAGGCUUCAGGGAAGUUUCCUGUCCGACGAAGAAGAACACGGAAGUGGUGGUGCACAGCAAUUCAGUAGUCGGGAAACAGAAUGGACACCCUAUGCGAGCAGUUACGGAGCGAAUGCUGCCAAGCAAGGUGAUAAAGCGGAUAUCCCGAAAAAAACAAACAAAGUUAGCGAGCGCAGUAGUAGUGUCGCGUGUGCCGCUGCAGCAGUUGUGGUUGCUGUGGGUGCAACAGCCUUAGGCGUAUUGUGGAAUACCAACUAGCAGGGUCUCAGACCAAAAAAAAAAAAAAAAAAAAAAAAAAAAAGAAAAGAAAAGAAGAACACGACGACGAAGAAGAAGAAGGGAUCCAGCAUUUGAUCCGUGGCUGAUAACGGUCCCCGUACAAGGGCUGCCGGGCUGGGCCUUCCAAUAGUUUGCUAGCUCUUCCCAGUUUGGCCAGAGGUGCUGGUUGGUGAUUGAAAUCAGCAGUGCUUGCUGAAAAAUUGCACCAUAGG